AUGAAGGCACCAUUAUAUAUGCUGAGUGAUCUUGACUAUGCAGAUGACAUUGCUAUGUUACCAUCAGGUAUUGGAGACGCUCAAAAAUUCCACGAUCGGCUUGUCUUAGCUGUUAGCUGCUGCUGCCGCAGAUGUUGGCCUCCAUGUUAAUGCCACCAAAACCAAAUUCUUGAUUCUCAAUCAUCCAUGGUCACCUCCACUGCAAGUUAAAAACAUCAACCUUGACUUCGAUGAUGACUUUAAUUACCCAGGUUCUUUUAUCGCCACCACAGAGAACGAUGUCAAGAAACUACAAGGUCAGGAAUGGGAUGCCUUUUGGAGA